AUGGCUCUGAAGGGCGGAAUCCCCGAGACACAGUUCGGUGCCGUCUAUCCAAACUUCUUCAACUGGGGGAAGAAUCUUGUCGAGGAUACGACGGACGGGCCCGAGACGCACCCUUACUUUGAUGAGUAUUGGCAAAGCAAGAUACCGGCUCUUGCUCAAAUCAAGGCCCCGGCCUACAUCAUUUGUGGAUGGGGUGACCACGCUAUUCAUACCCGCGGGACACUCAAUGCUUGGGCAAAGAUCGCCUCUCAGGAGAAGUAUCUCGAAAUUCAUCAAUACCAAAAAUGGGAAUGGUCGGUCACUGAGGAAUCAUUGAGCCGCCAAAAGGCUUUCCUAGACUACUUUCUGCUGGGGCUACCGACUGAAGUCCAGUAUUGGCCCAAAGUUCGCUACACCAUGAGAGAACGCUACUACACUGGGGAAUGGCGAUACAGUGACGCAUUCCCCAUUCCCGAAACUCAGUAUACGCAGUACUUCCCGACUCCAAGUCUCGGCUUGAGCAAAAUAGCCCAGCGCGCGGAAAGCCAUACCUCGUAUGACGCGAGUGAGGGCGAAGUCGCUUUCGAGCUUCCUUUGCGGAACUCCUUUGAGUUUGCAGGCCAUUCCAAGCUCAGACUCUGGGUUGAAGUGACAGAUGGUGGCGACAACCUGGAUCUGUUCAUCACUCUACGAAAGAAGGACAGAGAUGGAAAAGACGUGUACUUUCCUUGGAUCACAGUCGUCGAUACCGGUCCCAUCGGGUUCGGCUGGCUUAGAGCCUCUCGACGCGAGCUGGACCAGAAGGCCUCGACACCAUGGAAGCCGGUACAUCUACAUCGAAGAGAUCUUGAGCCUUUGAAAGCUGGAGACGUGGUGCCUGUGGAGAUUGAGAUACAGCCGACCAGCUGUCGAUUCCGGGCAGGGGAACGACUCAGCUUGGUAGUCUCUGGGCACGACUACGGCAAGUACCCCGCAGGUGCGCCCAUCCCCAGGCACAGUUCGACUAUCAACAAAGGUCGUCAUGUUAUUCAUUACGGGGGUAAAUAUGACUCUCAUUUAUUGUUGCCCGUUGUACCACCGGUCAAGGAAGCGUAUAGCCAGAAGAGGCCCCUUGUCAAGAUGACCAUUGCUUGCAGACGGAUCCCCGGGUGGUCCGAAGACAAGUUUCUUGAGGAAUACACCGGCGUCCAUGCUAGAAUAACGAGGCAUAUCUCCGACGUAGUUCCAAUCCUACGUAACUAUACUCAGGUCGUCGCACUCCCUCAUUCCAAUGUCCCCGGCAUUCCGAACGGUGGUCUGGAACCUUGGGACGCCGUCACGACGCUGGGAUGGACGUCAUUGAAAGGUCUCUGGGGCUCGUUCCAAGCUCCCGAAUACAAAGCUUCUGCUGGCAAGCACGAAUUCGCGGACAUUUCAUCGCAGACUGGUAUUCUCAGUCAAUGUUUCGCUGAAGCUUUGUUUGACCCGAUCCUCUUUGAGAAGCGUGGAACCAAAGCAGCUAUGCUGUUCGUCUUCUUAGCAAAGUCUCUAAACGUAACCCUUGCCGAAGACGACCUCACUAGCCGAGCAGCGUCUAUCACAGAGCUCGGAGCUGGCACGGCUUUGAUGAGAUAUGUUCUCAAUCGGGAAGUCACUCAUGAGGAUACUGACAGCUUCUUCGCCGGAACGCCUUUUGCUACUUCAGACUGGUCUACCAUGGGUGCUUUCGAGCAGUACUGGUUCCCGGACCGAGACUCCGUAGCGAGCUUCCUCAGCGAUGAGGACAGACUCAAGGCCCUCUUCAAGACUAUGCCACAGUCUUUUAACAAGCAGAAGUCUUUUGCGGUGAUUGGGGAUGAGAAUAUUGUGGUGAAGAAGGAUCUGGAGUUCUAG